AUCCCUUAUAGUAGUAAAAAAUAAUAGAGGGAGUCAACACAGUUUGGGUAAAGAUUUGUUCUCAACUCGCCCAAAGUGUAAGCAUUUAGCAGCAUGUACAUGCCCGAUAAACCUCCUCAAGCAAUCGAGUUAUACAAAGAAGAAGUAGAAAGUGAUCCACAACAACAACAAACCCACAAAAUGAUUGUUGACCACCAACUUCCACCUGUCCAUCAUCAAGACACCACUACUACUACCAGUAGUGGUGGUGAGGAUAACAACAAUGCUAACCCCAAAACCCCUAAGAAACGUGCAGAGACAUGGGUACAAGAAGAGACUCGUGUCCUUAUUGGUCUUCGUAGAGAAAUUGACUCACUUUUCAAUACUUCCAAAUCCAAUAAGCAUUUGUGGGACCAGAUUUCGCUGAAGAUGAGAGAAAAAGGGUUUGAUAGAUCACCUACUAUGUGUACUGAUAAGUGGAGGAAUUUGUUGAAGGAAUUCAAGAAAGCUAAACAGAAUCAAGAAGAUAGAAAUGGGUCUGCUAAGAUGUCUUAUUAUAAGGAAAUUGAAGAGAUUUUGAGAGAUAGGACUAAUACUGGUGCUCCUGCUGGUUAUAAGAGUCCUCCGCCUCCUCCAAAAGUUGAUUCUUUUAUGCAUUUCUCUGAAAAGGGUCUUGAUGAUACCAGUAUCACAUUUGGACCCGUCGAAGAGAAUGGGAGGCCAACUCUUAAUUUAGAACGACGUUUGGAUCAUGAUGGCCAUCCUCUUGCCAUAACAGCAGCAGAUGCAGUCACCGCGAGUGGAGUUUCCCCUUGGAAUUGGAGAGAGACACCUGGAACAGGUGAGCCGAGUCAGUCAUAUGAGGGCCGAGUUAUCUCCGUCAAAUGGGGAGAUUACACGAAAAGAAUUGGUAUUGACGGCACUGCAGUUGCCAUCAAGGAAGCUAUUAAAUCUGCUUUUCGGUUAAGGACAAAACGUGCAUUUUGGUUGGAGGAUGAAGAUAAUAUUGUCAGAACACUUGACAGGGAUAUGCCAUUGGGAAACUACACCUUGCAUGUCGAUGAAGGCUUGACGAUAAAGAUCUGCAUGUAUGAUGACGCUGAUCACUUGCCUGUUCAUACAGAGGAUAAAACCUUCUACUCUGAGGAUGAUUUUAGUGACUUCUUAUCACGCAGACACUGGACAUGUUUAAGAGAGUAUAAUGGGUUUCGGAAUGUUGAUAGCAUGGAUGAGCUUUGCCCUGGUGCCGUCUAUCGUGGUGUCAACUAAGGCCUUCUCCAUCAUUGUGACCUUUUGCUCAAAGCUCCUUUGGGUAAUUUAAAUUGUAUAGAUGGUACCGGCUUUACCUAAUAGUAGCAAAUGGGAGCUAGAUUAAGUAGGGAAGGGCACCAGUGUACAAACUAGUUGCAUCUUAGCUUUUGAUUGUAUGUAAAUCUUUCCAAAUUUGAUGUACUUCCAGAUCCUGAAACCAUUUCUCUGCUGGGGCUAUGUGUGUUAUAUAGCUUUCCUAGUAGUAUGUGAAGAGAUAAGACAAAAUUGACAUGCCUUAGUAAUC